AAGUGCAAAACUCACAAGUCACAACCUAAGCAUCCAAAACAAACAUGGCACCCAAAAUCACAUCAGUUCUGUUCCUAUUUUCUCUCUUAAUCUUUGCUUCAUUCAAGUCUUCCCACAGUUCGCAAAUAGUCAUAUACUGGGGCCAAAACGGCGAUGAAGGAAGUCUUAUAGACACUUGUAACUCCGGAAACUACGGAACUGUGAUCCUAGCUUUUCUAUCUAGCUUUGGGAAUGGCCAAACCCCGGUUCUUAACUUAGCUGGGCACUGUGACCCUGCUACAAAUUGUGGCAGCCUAAGCACGGACAUCAAAGCAUGCCAACAAGCAGGCAUUAAGGUGCUCCUUUCUAUAGGAGGUGGGGCUGGAGGCUAUUCUCUCUCCUCAACCGAUGACGCAAACCAGGUUGCCGAUUAUCUCUGGAACACAUAUCUAGGGGGUCAGUCUACUUCUCGACCCCUCGGAGAUGCGGUUUUAGACGGUAUUGAUUUUGAUAUCGAAUCUGGUGAUAACAGAUUUUGGGAUGACCUAGCAAGAUCUUUGGCAGGUCAUAACAAUGGUCAGAAAACAGUUUACUUAUCAGCAGCUCCUCAAUGCCCUUUCCCAGAUGCUAGCUUAAACACUGCUAUAGACACAGCCUUAUUCGACUACGUGUGGGUUCAGUUCUAUAAUAACCCCCCUUGUCAAUAUGAUAACACUGCUGAUAAUCUCUUAAGUGCUUGGAACCAAUGGAUAUCAGUUCAAGCUGGACAGGUCUUCCUUGGACUACCAGCAUCCACUGAUGCUGCUAACAGUGGGUUUAUACCUACAGAUGUUCUUACAUCUCAAGUACUUCCUACUAUCAAGGGUUCCGCUAAAUAUGGAGGAGUUAUGUUAUGGUCAAAGGCAUAUGACAAUGGGUACAGCAGUGCUAUUAAAGGCAGUGUUUAAGUUGAACCAUUAUUGUCUACAAAAAUACAUAGAUAAUAUCAGAAUAAGGACGAUAGUAAGAUAUAUACCCCAUCAAACCAUACUCUAUAGAAACUUGUAAUACUCGUAAAUGGCAUAUUGUGCUGCUAUAUUUAGGUUGUAUUUUACAUAAUACACAGUUUUUUAUAAAGAGGAACAUUUUCCAUUA